AUGGCAGAAGCACAUGGCAGGGAGCUCCUCCUGGAGACCUUCCAGUUUCCAAAGCCUCCCCGCUGCUGCCUCGCUGUUGCGGUAUCGUUAUGGUGCUUUUGCUUUGCCUCCGGUUGGAUAGCCCUCUUCAAUUGCGGGCAGAAUGAGCUGGACCAGCUUAGCAAAGGCCAGCACGUCCAUGUUGUGAACCAUCUGCAGCGACUGAAGAAAGCGCAGUCUUAUGUCGGACUAUCUUGCGACGCCGACUGUGAGAGAGCUGCCGGAAAAGAAGUGGAAGUGAAGCGUGUGGGCUACCAGUAUGUCGAUGUUUUCUACCCUCCGGCUUCUGAGCCAGACGCUUCGCUCGAGCUUGCUGGGCCAGCCUUGCAAGAGAUGUGGUGCAGCGAUGAUACCAUCUGGACGGUCGGCCUUAUAGCAGUGAUCUUGCUUGGCAUAUGUGGCUUGUUCCUGAGCCCGGUUCUUCUGCAGCACCAGUGGCUCCAGGAGAAGAACCACCGGCAGAUGCAGCGAGACAUGGCCUCCAGGUCUUGCCAUGUCUAUUGCAUGCCGUUAGCCGGCGCGACGUGGAAGUUCUUCGCCUCCACCGAGUUUCUGAUACAUCGGACCUUGUGCUGGCAGUGGUUUCCCUGGGCAGACCUCCUAGUGCCUGUUGUCAACUUCAUCAUCUCGGUCAUUGUGGGCGGGUUCACGCUCGAAUCGGUUGCCCCAAGUCUAAUCAUCUUUUUACUCUUCCUCGCCGCCCGCAUCUGUUUCCGGGUUUGGUCCUCGCUGCAAUUUCACAGACGUCUGGCCAAGCGACGAGCUGAUCUAUAUGUUUGUGCCUCAGCCACAUCAAGCCUGAUCAGCUUUGUUUGCGAUGGUCGCGCCCACUUCUACCACAACAUCGGCGACGUCCCGCCCCACGUCCCUGCUGGACCGAGGUGGUGGUUCUUUUCAGAGCUGGCCCUGGGCCGCACACAGCUGGUAGCUCUACGUGAAACGGCAUCGAACGAGGAAGCCAAGAUCAGCUGGUAUCUGAAGGUGGUCUACGGCAGGAAUGGAGACCAAUAUCACGGACGCCACCGUCUCUGGUCAGUCCGGAAAAGGCUCUUCCCCGUAGAUCAAGCUCGAGUUCAUGACUUUCAGAAGUGGCUGGCAGAGCCGGAGAGGCGGACACUGUUUCGCUGUGUGGGGACCACUGCCUUGCAACAGAACGUCAUUAAGCCAACCGCAGCGACUUUGCUGCAGCCCUUCCACAUACCGCCCGGGGACAUGCACACGCCGCUGAGCACCAGUAACCUUGUAUUCACGGCAGAUUUGCAACAGGUGGAUGGCACCUUCCGCUUAUUGCUGCUGUCCAUGUCCGCAGAGGAAGCUGCAAGCUUUACGUUCACCACUGUCGACACACUGGCAGACGUUCUUUACACCAUUGCAAGCAAACGAGAGUUCCGGAGCUUUCAGGUCAAGAUCUUCCUGAGCAAUGGCGUAGCGCUGGACUCACUGGACGCACGCAUGUCUGUCCCAAAGCUGCUGGAAAUCGCUCAAGAGGCGGAUCUUUUUGAUGAGUGA